CAUCCGAGGAGCUCCGGGUACUUCGUAGCAGACGCGGAGAGGCCCAGAACCGGUGCCCGCGGGGCGCGGGUCUGCGGAAGCUGCAGAGACCGCUCUGGGGCCGGGAGCAAUGCCCAAUUGCCGGGAACGCAGUGCGGAGCCGCCUGGUUUGCAAGGAAGAGAACGAAGGUCCUGAAGUGGGGACCCAAGGGAGGGUGCGUCGGGUCCUGAACAGGCGCCAGCCCUGGAGAAGCUGCGGCCCGGUGCUUGGAGACAUGUGCCUGGAUCUUGGAGUUCUGCAGCAGCCCUGGUACGCACCCCCCACCCCGCGAUGUGCCAGCCAUAUUCCAAGAGGACAGUCACCCCCGAAGACUUGGACUCACCCCAGGAAGCCCAGCCCCGCACCCCGACCUGGCUCCAGGCUCCGGCUCUGCAUCGGCUCCCUGCUCCCGCUCGCCCUGCAGCCUGCCUUCCCUUUCCCCGCUUCCUUCCCCGGCUCUGGCUCCAAGCUGGCCGCUCCCCACCUCCCUGGGACCAAGCCCAGCAUUUUACAAACCCGGCUCAUUCUCCAGGAGUCCCCUGAGCGCCCCCUCCCUCAGCCCCCACAGGGCAACCGGCGGCGCAGGGGUGAGGACCCUGCACUGAUGCGGGAGGGAUGCGCCUGCUCCCAGCAGCAAGGCUUGAAGCCCGGGGACCCAGGCCCCAGCUGGACAGAAGGCCAGGACCCGACGGCGGCACAAGUCACCCAAGGCCCCAGGCACCGCCAGCCCCUGACCAAUAGACCAACGUCGGCUGUGUGUAGGAGUGUGGGGUACCCGGCCCCCAAGCUGCAAGGACCCAGGCGUGGCCACUGUCGUACCAGUUCAUGUAGCGUCUGAACUAAAGACACCUUUGAAAAACA